AUGGAGGUAAAGUCUAAUUAUGGUCAAACAAGACCUCAAUUAGAAAAUGAAAACCUUUUAGCACGUUUGCAAAUGGAACUGAAGAACAUCAUAUUUCGAGUCUUCUUUUUGAUGCUUAAAGAUGAAGAGUAAUCCAUUACUGUUGCUGCUUUACUAUAAACUAUUAUGUUUUUACAGUACUUGUCCUUCAUAUUUCAUCGAUAAUUUUAUUUAGUUUGGAAAAACGAAAGAGUCUCCUACUAAUUAUACAAACUAUUUGGUUACUUUAUGUUGACUCCUUACUUUGAAAUGUUGGAGUUUUCUAGUUUUGCUUCAAUGAUGUAUGCAUUAAUUGGAAUUAUACUAAUUGCUAUUAUGAUAUUGUUGUUAGUAGGUUAUAGUAAUACAACCAAGUUAAAUACAGCAGUAUCAUGGCCAGUUUUUGUAUUAAAAUAGUUAUUGAUACUGUUCUCAACAAUAUUUUACCUUCCUACACUUAAUCUCUUUUUCGAAAUGGUAAAUUGUAAAGAAAAUAAUCAUAAUAUUUUUGUACUUUAGGUAUUUGAUUAAGAAUGUUGGAAGGGAGCACAUAUCGUACAUGGAAUUGUUGCAAUUUUAGGAAUUCUGAUUUUCGUAAUUUUCACUGCACUUUUUAACUUGUUAUAUUUUGAAGCAAGACCAAAAAUAAAGGACUUAUUGUCUAAAUAAUCAGGUAGAGCAAAAACUUUUGUGUACUUCUAUUUAUUAGCCAUAUAGAUGUCAAUUGUUAUUUUUGAUCCUAAUGAUGAAGCUUAUAUAAUAAUCUAUAUCAUACUUGUGGGAGCUUUCAUUUCUUUCUAUAAAUUGCAUAUUGAAUAACCAUAUAAUAAUUAUAUGAUGUAAAAAGUUGUCUCAAUAUAUUCUACAUUAAUUUUUUGGAGUGCUUUGCUUCUUUGUUUCUCAAACUAUUUAGAAGACAAUAUUUUUCAUGGUACUAUUUAUGCAUGGUUAGUUGGCUUACCCCUUUUGGCAUUUGCAGUAUUUAAAAAACAAAAAUAUCAUUAUGAUUUAUUACUUAUGAAUAUCUAAAAAGUGGAAGAUCCAAAUCAAAUUAUUAAACUCAUUAAUUAUAUUUAAGCACUUUUAACAGGUUACUAAUAUAAUUAACAAUUUAAUAUAAUGCUCAACGCACUUAUUGAAGUACAUAAAAAUACAUGUUAAAUUGAAGAAUGUGUAUUUAAAAAUAAAAAAUAAAUUAAUUUAAGAAUAAAUUUAUAAAAAGAUGAAAAUAUAUCUUAAAGAGAUCAUAAUAUAUAUCUUUUAUUAGGAGAAAUUUAUACAAGAAUGCUGAGAAAGCAUUAGACACAUGUAAGAUUAAGAAUUAAUUAUGCAUUCUAUUUAUUAGAUUACUUAAAAUAAAGAUAAUAAGCAUUAAAUGAAUUAAUAUAAUCAGAAACAUUAUGUCCUAGUUUAGAUAAUGAAUUUAUAAUAUUUAGAUAUAAAAAAAUAAUUGAAGAUGAAAUGAAUUAAGUAUAAAAUGAAAAUUUAGGUAAUUUAGAUGUUGCAACAGAAUUAGCAUUUUAAAAUCAUAUGAGAUCAUUUUAAAAUAAAAUUGAAAGAGCUACUCUUAUGCAUAUGGAUUUUUGGUCAUAAUUAUAAGAAGAUUCACCUGAUUUAGGAAAAAUGAAUAAUAUUGGUGCUAAAAUUAAUUUAGCAAUUAUUUAAGUUGAAGAAUUAUGGAAUAAAAUGUAAAAAAUGACAUAAAAUCUACCUAAAGCUAUGAGAUUAUAUGCUAAAUUUAUUUAAGAAGUAUUAUAAGAUAAAGAUUAUGGAGAAGAAUUAUUAGAAAAAGCAAAAUUUUUAUAAAUUUAAAAUGGUAAAAUGAAAAAUAAAUCUUAAAUUUACAUUUUUAAUGUUGAAGAUAUCAAUUUUGAAUCACUUCCGACUUUGAUUGUAUCAGUACAAAAUGAUAAAUUUGCUUAAAUUAGCAACUUAAAUCUGAGUGCAUGUAACUUAUUAGGGUAUCAUAAAAGUGAACUAAUAAAUAGAAGAGUUAAUAUGGUUAUUCCAACAAUUUAUGCUAAGUUUCACGAUUAAUAUAUUGAUAAUUUUUUUGAGAAAAAUGAUGCUGCUAGAAUAUAAAAAGAGAAAUUUGUUUACUUAAAAUUAAAAUCAGGAUAUAUUCAGCCAUGUUAUUUAUAAUUAAAAAUGUUGUAAUCUGCUGAGGAGAAUAGUUAAUUAGUUGUUUAAUUUAGAACUUUACGUAAUUUCAAAAGUGCUUGUUAUAUAAUAUUAGAUGCUGAUGAGUCUAUUGAAAGCUUAUCUUCAUCUUGUAUUUGUAAUAUUUUCAUAGAUCAUAAAGUGAUUAGUCAUAAAAAGAUAUUUAUUUAAGAGAUCUUCCCUAAUUAUAAUAGGAAUGAUUAUCUUAAUAAAACUGGUUGUAAAAUAAUUUUAAAUUUAUAGACUUCUCUAAUUUAAAAUUCUAAUUACUUACAAUAUUAUAUUAAUGAUCUAGAGGAUUAAACAUAAAUAGAGUUUUAAAUUCAGGUUAUAGAAAUUGAAAAUGAAAAAAUGGGAUAAAUUUAUGGUUAUGUUAUAAAGUUAGAAAAAGUAGUUGAUAUUUAAAGUUAAUAAUUUACUCCAGAAUUGUUGUAAUAAUUAGUUAUUCCAAAUUAAAGUAGUAAUAGUUUUUAAUUUAAAUAUUUUGCAAAUAAAGCCUUAUAUGUAGGUGAGAAUUAGGAUGAAAUCAAUUCUGCUCGAGUUGACUAAACUGUCAUAUGGGAAUAUACAUCUAGAACAAGUGAAGAAACAUAAGAAGAAAAAAAAAUAGUAAUUGAAGAAAAUAAAAUAACAAGACCUAACUAUGCAGAUGGCAUAAGGACUCUAAAAUUGUUUGAGAACAGAAUUUAAGAUUUAGAAGAUAUAAAAUUAGAUUUUUCAGAAUAAGAGGAAGAACAACACUCAAGUGUAUUUUAAAGAAAUUAAGAUGGUCAAGAUGAAAAAGAUUAUGGUUAAUAAAAUAAUAUUUUUCGUAAUCGAAAAGCUUUAAAUUUAGCCCUUAAUAAUUAAUAAGUUCCAAAAAUUAUGGUAUAUUUGAGUUGGAUGAUAAAUAUUUUAGUUUUAAGUAUUUUAAGUUUAUCUUUUACUUCAUAUUUUUUGGGUUUGUUUUUAUUUUAAAACAUUUAAGAUUCAUUAAAUUUAUUAGCUUAUGCCACAACAAGAAAUUUAGAAUGCAAUUAGAUUAUUAUGAAUAUUUAGAAUUUAUAAAUGCUUAAUCUUGGUAUUUGGAAUUUAACAGAAAUUGAAGCUAAAAACUAUGAAAUUUAAUAAAGAAGUGAAUUGAAUGAAUCCAUUUUAAUAUUAACAUAAGCCAAUAAAUAAUUAAUGUUAUCAGAUAUUUAUAUCAAUGAUUAAAUUUAAGAGUUACAUUCUUAGAGUGUUGUUAAUGUUAGAAUAACUAAAAAUAGUUAUUCUAAAUAUGAUCUUAUUGAAGCAACAUAAUAAAUUAUAAGUAAAGCUUUGUUAAUUAGAGAUAAGGAACUUUCUAAGAUUAAUAAAGAGGAUGAAGAUACAAGUUUUAUUUUAUAUAACCUAUUUAAUGAUAUUGUCUUUCAAUUAAGAAAUGAGACUGGUCAAUAUUCAUAUGGAUUAUAAGAUGUUGCAUAAGAUAAUAUUUAAAAAUUUUUUAUUAUUUUAAUAAUAGCUGGUUGCUCAUUUUUUAUACUAUUGAUUUUUAUUUUAUUAUUCUUAAUGUAAAUAAAUUAAACUUAAGAAUAAAUACUUUAAUUAUUUAUUGAAAUACCUGAAAAAACUGUUAAAUAUUUGUAUAACAAAAGUGAAAAUUUUAUAUCUAAUUUAUAGAUUGGUGAAGAAGAAGAAAUAUCAUCAGAAGUAAGUGAUGAAGAAAAUGAUGAAGCAAAAGAGUUAAAUAGAUCAUUAAAAUCAAAAAAAAGGAAAAAAUUAUUAAAAAAUAAGAAUUCAUUUUUUCGUGUCUAAUCAUUAUUAGCAAUUCUUCUUGUAUCUAUAUUUAUAGGAUAUUUCUUAUUAAAUUACUUUCUUAAUGAAGUUACCUAUAGUAAUUUAAAUCAACAAAUACCAGAAUUAAACAUAACAGCUAGAUGUGGAUCAUUUUAUAGAUAUGUAGAUAAUGCAGAAAGACAAUUAUUUUUAAGCAGAGAAGAUCCUAUUUUAUUGUAAGAUGCAUAUACUACAGUUAUCAAUAAUUUGUAAUAAAAUUAUGAUUUGGAUUCUUCUUUACAUUAAGAACAUGCUUAGAAUUCUGAAAUAUGUAAUCCAGAUUAUUAUGAAACAUUUGAAAAAAUGUUUAUGAUGAAUCCAUGUAGCAUUUUUAUAUCUCAAGGAUAUACAACUUUAGAAUAUUGUGAGACUUAUGCAAGUGGUUCAGUUCAAUAAGGAAUGGCAGUAGUAAUAGCAAGAUUUUUUGAAAAUGUAAGAUAUAUAAUGACAAUAUAUGAUGUGUUUUAUGGUCAUCCAGAUGUUAAUUUUACAGAAACAGCAAGAGGAUGGGGAGUGUUUAGAAAUAUUACUUAGAAUUCAGAUAAUGUAACAAAUUACAUUUAUAAUUUGAAUAAUUUUAAAUAGGCAUAAGAAGCUAGAUAAUUAUAGAGUAUCUUUAUUAAAGGUAUUUAAAUAAAUAUUGAUUUAUAGGAGCAUUUAUUUAUUUAGUAGAUUAAUAUAUUAAGGCAUUGAAGGAUGAUAUAAGUUUAACAUAGACUUAAUUAUUGGCAACAUUUAUUGUAUUUGAAGUGUUAAUAUUCUUAAUGUAUUUCAUAGGAUGGUAUCCAGCAUCUAUUAGAAUGACAAGAGAUAUUUGGAGAACAAAAGGAUUAAUAAUGAUGAUACCUUUAAAUGUAAUAUUAAAGAUUAAAUCAAUAAAAGAAAAGGUUGGAAAUUUGGUGCAAAAUUCAGAAUUGUGA